AUGGGGAGGCCUUUGUUCAUCGGCGUUUGGGCGCUAGCGAGUCUUUCCAAGGCUGUCUUCGGAUACGGUACCACGGUCUUUGAGUAUCCAGAAUACUGUUCAAUAGCGCCCACCACCGUCAUCAAUUCAAGCCCGACAACAUCGGGCCCAGUCGUGCCAACCAGCGAGCCUUUCCUCGUUUUCGUCGAACAGAGCAGCGGCGGUACCAAGCGCGAUGUCGAAUUCCUCGACAACGACGGAACAUUGACGAACGAACCCGAGGAGGCAGCGCAGUAUGUGAUUGUUGCUGGUCAGCUGCGAAGUAUUGCUGGUCAUGUAUCAACAUCUGGAUUGGUGCCCUUCCAGGUCUUUGCCGCAUCGCCGUUCUCGUUGCCUGUUUCUCGCACGUUCUCCAUGCUGAAUGGCUCUCUGGAGUGGAUCAAUGAUGGGUUCUACGCAGGAAAGGCCCGGUUUUGUCUUUUGAAUACAACCGUCAAUGUCGAUUUCUCGGGACAACCACCUACUGCCUGUAGGCUCAUCGAACUUGGUACGGUACCCGCACAAGAUGCCCUUCGUCCACCAGAGACAACAUCUACGACCGAGACGCUGCAUACGACUGUUAGCUCGGACACAACGGUUGGUGUAUCGGGAGCAAGUACCACAAUCCCGUACGAACCUCAAAGCUCUUCAGAUCAAAGUACCACGCGAGAAUCCACGGCUGCUGCAACGGCGUCUGUUCGUCCCCCACUGCCGGCCCAAAGUACUGUCACCGGCCAGCUAGCCACAGCUCAAUUCUUCGGCUGUCUUCGAUCCGGUCCGGAAGACCUCGUCAUCCCAGGACGCGGACAUCCGGUAGCUACACUAGAGGAAUGCGUUGAUUACUGCGCUGGAUCAGAUAUCUCAAACCUCUACGCGGGCGUGCAGUUCAGUAAUCAAUGCUUCUGUGGCAAAGAAACUUCACUCCCGUUGAUUGAAGGGGUUUGUGACCGCCCAUGUCCGGAUAACAGCAACCAGACUUGUGGAGGCAUUCAAGCCAUGUCCGUUUACACGAUCGAGCUGCGCUUCCCAGAGUCGUCUAUCUCCAUUGAUACAGCCACACCGACGAGCACUUCCACUUCAUCGUUGUUGGGCUACCCGGCACCGACUUCUUCUGGCGUCCCCACUUGCGCUCCGGAAUCUGAAUUCGACGGUACAGUCAACAACAACUACCUCAUCCUUUGCGACACUAGUUUGCCUGGGAAUGACCUGGCCGUGGUAGAGGCGCCGGAUCUUGCAAGUUGCAUCUCAGAAUGCAGCUCCUAUGCUCCGGAAAGCGGCAUCCCGUGCAUCGCAGUUGAAUACGUCGCAAAUGAAUCUCCAGCGAAUUGCAGAUUGAAGUACAGUGUUAGCCCCAUUCGGCGUGGCGACGGUCCUUCAGUUCAAGCAGCUGUUCUAGUCAACGUCCCGUUAGCCCCCUCGAUUACUUUCAUUCCUCCGUCUUCUCCAACCUCGACAGAAUUUGCAACGUCCAGAGCUCUCGCUACUAGCCAUUCUCUGCAGACAACUUCUGCGCUUACCCCAAAGGUCUCCGCGUCUACUCCGACGACAAUAAGCGGCAUCCCGACGCCAGACAGCACCAGAAUGACAAGCAGCGCCUUAAGUAUAGUCCAGAUUUCGCCAAGCGGAGGCGAUUCUACUACAACUGGCGGUGAUGCAGCAGUGAGCAGUUCCACAACAAUCAUUCUAUCGUCAAGCGUUGGCCUCUCUUCAGUAUCCGCUAGUGCUACAUUGUCGAACAGCUUCAUAGCAGUGAGCAGCUCUACAGUGCUUAGCGUCGCCACAACGACUAGUGCUUCGACGAGGAUCGCCUCCGCUGAGCGUAGUAGCAUUCUUUCUACAUCGGUAUCAGGCUCAUUUCAAGCUACUACCCCGUCCAGCAGCAUUGUUCGCUCGCCACCCGUCAGUUCACAAUCCAGCUCAGCAUCUUUUUCAUCAAGCCCUUCGUCAGGUCCACAAACUGCCACUUCGGCUGCGCCUACUCCGACUAACACUGCUUUGUGCCCGACCUACGACAAAGAUGUGCUCAAUAUCAAUUCCGACGGCUACAACUAUGAGAUUCAAUGCAGUAACGACAUCCAGGGCGAACUACUGCUCGGCAACGCCACAUUCGCCAACACGUUCCAGAACUGCAUUAGCCAGUGCACACUCUACAAUGUGGCGAUUCCUUUCCAAUGUAUUGGAGUCAAGUUCCUGUUGCAGCCCAGUGGUUCGAAUAACUGCCUGCUUCUGCGUUCGUAUACCGGCAGCAGCUGUCAGACGUUCGCAAAUGCUGCACGCUUGAUCUAUGGCGGUUAUCCUUCUCCGAAUGGCGUCGCAAUAGCUUCAUUGUCAAUAACCACAUCCACAACGUCAACAACUGUAGUAGCUUCCACCUCACCGGCCUCAUCCUCCACGUCCCGCGCCACCACCACAACCACCGCAUCCCCGCUCCCCGCCUUCACACCUCCAACCUUCUGCGGCGCCCCACCUAACGACACGGACGGCUAUCCGGACGAAUGCGCAACCAACACCAACGCCCCCAUCUGCUACCGCUACAACUUCGACUACGACGGCGCCACGGGAGUCACACCCGGCGGCAACGUCUCGUACGAGAUCGAGUGCGCCACCCAAUUCAGCGGCGCCACCGCGGGCUCCACUGUCGCCAGCAGCCUGCGCGACUGCAUCUUCUGGUGCGAGUACGACAACCAACUGCAGCCCGGAGUGCGGCCGUGCGUCGGCGUCACGUUCCUGAAUGGUGAACCCGGGCAGGGCCCCAACAACUGUGUCAAGUAUUCGACGCUGACGUGCGCGACGAGGGGGAAUGCCACGUAUAGUUCCGCGAGGCUGCUGUGGGCGGGUUAUCCGGCUAUGACGGACUAUGACCAGAGCUUCAAUUGCUAA